AUGCUGAACAAAAUUAAAAUAGUUGGCAAGAUUUUACCAAUCGAGUUAAAGAAUAAAGAAGAAAAAGAUGAUCUAAUACUUUAUUUCAGUUUGCUAGUUCCUAGUCCGAGCAAUUCCUCAACGAUCCUGCGUUGUGUUGCUCAAGGAGAAAAUGCCAAGAAAAUUGAAGUUGAAGUUAAAAAAGAUGAAAUAUUAGAAGUAAAAGGUUAUCUACGUAAUGAAAAAUCAGGCAGGCAAAUUUUGGUAAAAGUGAUUGAAUUUACUAAAAUAGACAAAACUUUCGACACAAUUGAUAAAAACUCUUCUAAUCAACUAAGAUUGCUGGGAAAAAUAAUUACUGAUUUCAAAAUCCGUGAAGACAAAGAAGAAGCAGAAGUACUUUCUUUUCGAAUUACAGUUCCUCGAGAAGGGAAUGAUUUACCUAUCUUCUUUUGUCGAGUUCAAGGAACAAAAUUAAUAAAAGAGAUUAGAAAUAAAUUAAAAAAAAAUGACAUUAUUUUGUUAGAAGGAUUUUUACAAACUAAAAAGAUCGUGGAAGAGGAAAAAUCUUCCGAAAUUGGAAAGAAAAUUUCUCGAAUUUCCUCAAUUAUUUGCCAAAAAUUAAUCUUACUCGAUAACGACUCAGUAAAUGUUUUUUAUCCGCUGAAUCAAUUUACCCAUAUUGUCGGAAAAGUAGAAAAAAUUGAUUUUACUAAACCCAAAGAAAAAUGA